AUGACGGAGAUCUCGGAACGAUACGUAGAACAGUUCACGACGACCGUCGAGACGAUGCGUCGACGCGUCAUCGCUUAUUACGACGGCAUCUUUUAUCUGGGUACUUACCGACGAUAACUGUUUUGAUGGUAGCUUUUAGGUCGGAAAAUGGAGAAGGCGGCGGAACGUCUGAAGGAGGUCGCGGAGCCGGCGGCCUACGAUGCUCGGGACUACGUGAACCAGUCGAUGACCGAGAACGGAGCACUCGACACGAUCGAGACGGACACGAAGAACACGCUCGUCGAGAUGUACCUCGGCAUCUCGGUGAUCCUGAUCGGUCUGGCGGGCGGACAACUGUCUGGGGCGUACGCCCUCGUCCCGCUCAUCCAGUACGUCUUCGACUCCUCGAUCGUCCUGCUCAUUCUCGCCGCCCUUCCCGCCUACGUGUUCAUGAACAUUCGCAAGAACGCCGGGAUGGACGACGCGGACCGCCGGAGCACGCUGUUCUCGGCGACCCUCGCAUUCGGGAUCCUCAGCGGAUACCUCGUCGGACCGCGCAUCCUCUCCCUCGCCCCGACCACCCUCUUCGUCCCGCCCCUUCUCUUUGCUCUCAUGUUCGACAACGGCAUCCUUCCGACGCCGCUCGUCGCUCUCAACCGUCAGACUUUCUUCAUCUCGUUCGCCUCCAUCAGUGUCUUCGUCGCCACGUUCCUGGGUAAGCAUGCGAAAGAGUUUCGCUCCCGGCUGGGCUCGAACUUGCGGUUAACAGCCUAACACGCCGCAGGGUCUCCAGAGCUGACAAUGGGCGCAAGUGCGCCCGCUCAAUAGAGCGAUACAUUGGCGCGAAAUUCAAAUUUUAACAGCAAAUUUUGUGUUUUUUGCCAGAUUAGCCACGAAAAACCGAUAAUUUCUCAUUUGUCUCUCGAUAGACCGAUUGUAUAGGCUAUUACAAAUUUUUUAAGCGCAAGAGCGUUAAAUUUGGUCAAGCCGCAAAUCACAUUUAUCCGUUUGAGGGUUUUUGGCUAAAACUGCGUGAAUUUCAGUUGCUUUUCGGUAAUUUUCGCUGUUCGAGUGCUCAAGAUGUUUGUAUUUACGUGAUUUAUCAUUCUCGAAACCAAUUCUGUCCGAAAACGGUCAAGAAAGCGCAAAAUGAGAAGUGUGGUUUUUAGGCGGCGAAGGCGAAAAAGCAAAGUCCGCGAAAAAUGCGCCAAAACGUCAUUAAUUCUGUGAGAAUUAGUGUCUUUUCAUGUCGAACAAUCAUUUUUCAUCGCCUGUGACCACAAAAAUCAGAGAAAACGUGCUCAAGUCAUGAAAACGCCAUUUGGCACGGGGUCGUCAUGGGUACAUCGAAAACUAAAAUUUGAACUUCCGCCGACGGUCGAUUGCGUAGCGCCCCUAUCUUAAAGCAUUAGGCCAAGCAAAAUUUUUGAAAAUUUCAGUAGAGCGCACUUGCGCCAGUGUACCCCGCCACGACUCCGUGUUUGGCCGCCGAGGCCACGCCCAUAUUGUCAGCUCUGGAGACCGUGCGCCGGCCUCCCAGUACCGUGAUAAACUUGCAGCGUCCCUGGUCCUCGGCACUUUUUCGACCGCCGUCUCGCUGCUCAACAUUGUCCACGCAACCGGACUUUUCCUGCAUUUCCAGGUGAUUUUGAAAAUAGAGAUGAAUAUUAGAAUUCUGUCGACUUUUUAUGAUUUCAGAUUGUUCUCCAACUCGUCAAAGACAAGAGCUUUAUGCCCGGAGAAAGCAAAACCGCCUACGUCGGAGUCGUUAUUGUCGUUCAAGUAAGUAAUUUCCGCAAAAUGGCCAAAAUUACAGUAAUCGUUCAGUUCUUGUUCACUUUGCUCUUCGGAUUCAAUCCAGAAGCGAUCCAAACUGUGCAGAAUUGA